GCCCCGGUACCGGUUCCCCCGCCACCCCCAUAGCCCGGGCCCGGCAGGCGGCGAGGGCCAGUUUGGGCACAGGAGGAGGCUGCGCGUCCCACCCCGGUUCACGGCCUGCUGCGGCCCGGAAGCAGCGCGGCUCAGCCCUGGCCUGGCCAAGGCCGCACGGGCACCCGGGAGCCGUGCCCCGGCAGCGGGGGGAGGAAACCGGAGCAUCCCCCGCCGCGGUUGUUGACACCGUCUCGGGUCGCGCUCCGGACGUUCCGCCUCUGGACAGGUCGUGCGGCGAUACCAAUCUCUGGCUCGCACACAGCGCGCUGACACGAGGCCGCAGCCGCCUGUCGCCAGCGGUGACACACACCGGAGACCGCUGGCCGCCACCCUUCUCUCCGCCACUCCGGCCCUCGGCACGUCCCCGGUCACCGCGGCCCGGUUGGAGUUCGGUGCAAGACGAGCUCCGCGGGGAGCGGCCGCCGAUUCCCGUCCCGCGAAGCUCGUCGCGGCCUGUCCCUCGGCGGCGCCCGUAGCGGCCGGCGGCGUUGCCAUGACGACGGGCGGCGGCCGGUGGGAGCGGGCCAUGGCGCUGCGCUGGGCGGCGCGGGGCCGGGCCCCGGAGCGCUGGGCCGCCGAGCGGCGCCGGGAGCUGGAGGCGCGGAACCGGCAGCAGUGGGAGCGGGUCAGCCGCUCCUUCGCCCAGGCCGCCAUUUGCUGCUCCAGGCAGGCGCGGUGGAGCGCGCCCCGCGCCCUCCCGCCCAGCUCGGCAGCGGUGCGGCGGGAGGCGGAGGAGGCGGCGUUGCGGCUGGAGGAGCGGCGGGAGCGGCUGCGGCGGCUGCUGGCCGAGGAGCGGGAGGCGCUGGCGGCGGAGCUGCGGGAGCGGCGGCGGGGCCGCGGGGACGAGCUCGCCGGGAUGCGGCGGCGGAACGAGGAGCUGCGGGCGGGCCGGGAGGAGCGGAGGAGGAAGGUUGCUGAGCAGUUGCUGGACGAGCACCAGAAGAAAACCUACGCUGAGCUCCGGGAGGUAGAGCCGGAGCUGCACAGGAAGCAGGUGCUGGAGGCUUGGGGUGAUCAGCUAAUGCAAAAACCCGAGCAAGAAGCAACUGAACUUGAAAAGAAAAAACGUUAUGAAAAUGAAUAUGAGAUUGCACGAAGGGAAGCGCUGGAAAGAAUGAGACAAGAGGAAGAGAAGCGCCGGCUGGAAGAGAAGAAGCAAGCAGAGGCGUUGCUUCAACAAAUAGAAGAACUGAAAUUACAGGAGGCAGAGGCAACGAAGCUGAAAAAAGAACAGGAUAAUUUAUUAAAGCAGCGGUGGGAGCUGGAGAACUUGGAGGAAGAAAGGAAACAAAUGGAAGAGCACCGAAAGAAGAAAGAGCUUGGUCGCUUUUUGAGGCACCAGUGCGAUGCCCAGUUAAGGAGACGAGCCCAGCAGAUACAGGAGGAGCUGGAGACAGACAGGCAAAUCUUAUUAGCCAUCCUUGAGAAAGAAGGUGAGGAUCAGCGCCGCGAGUCCGCGCGACGAGAACGAGCUGUGGCAGAUGUUGCCUGGAUGAAACGUGUCAUCGAGGAACAGCUCCAGCUAGAAAAGGAGAGGGAGGCAGAGCUGCAGACGAUUUUUAGAGAAGAAGCUAAAAAAGUGUGGGAGAAGAGGGAAGAAGAGUGGGAAAGGGAGAAGAAGGCCAGAGAUCGCCUGAUGAGUGAGGUCCUUGCAGUCAGACAGCGCCAGAUCCAAGAGAAGAUAGAGUUAAACAGACGAGCCCAAGAAGAGUCUAUAAAGUAUCGUGAGCAGCUGAUUAAAGAACUGGAAGAGGCCAAAGAGCUGACGAGGCGAGAGAAGGUGCGGGAGGAGGAGCUGAAGGCAGCGCGCAGGCAGGAGCUGGAGGCACAGCUGACAGAGCGUUGCUCACACCAACAGGAGCAGCAGCAGCGCCAGAGGGAGGAGGAAGAGGAGGAGAGUUUGGUGCAACAGGAGGCUGAGUGCGUGGUGGAGCAGGGCCGUCCCAGCAGGCUCUACAGUUACCCAAAAGCAGCGUGGACCUGAGGAACAAGCAGGAAAUGCAGUUGCAGACUACAAAAAGAAAACUUGGAAGAACCAUGGAACUCUUGCAAUAACAUUGGAAUAGCCCACAACGAUGCCAAGACUCAACUUGGUAGAUUUCUGAAAAUAUUCAGCUGUGGCUCAGCUGAACUCCUGACUUCAAGAACAGAGAGGUGUGAGCAUCCUUGGGGCCUGAACUGCUGCUUCUACUCUGUGUUUCAGAGUUGUGAUGAUGGAUUUUAGUGACAUAUUAUAGAGGGGCAACAUGGCAGAUAAACAGGCCCUUUGGAUCUAAACCAUGACAGGUCUGGGGCUCCUGUGCCCCCCAUGUGCUGUGUUUGCUGUUCCAGGUCAGUUAAUUAAUAAUGCAUAGCAAAUUGGUAAGAUAGAUCACAUGUGUUGUGGUUGUAAUUCUUAACCUGUGGAGUCACCCCCAGAAGGUGCUGAAACUUCACUAUUGGCUUUUUUAUUUAUUUCAUAAAUAAUGAAUAAUUGCAACCUGAACAA